UGUUCAUAGAAGUCAGUGCAUUCCUCAGGAAAUGCUUUAAGGCUGAGAUUGCUCCCUAAAGCAGCAGUCAUGGCUGGAUACGAAGUGACCAUGUACAAGUCUCUGUGUCAUUGGGUUCAUUGCCGCGGUGUGCACUUACCGCACAACGCUGUGUCUGGAGGCACGGACCUGCAAGGAGAGGAGACGUUCGUGGGGCGUGCUGUGCACGGUGGCGACGUCAUACCGGGAAAAGUUGUGCCUUCCCGCGGCGUCUGUUACGUCGCUUACGGCUCAUGCGAACACAGUUACGAAGACUAUCAGGUGCUUGUCUCCGAUGGAGCUUCUCUGGAUUGGAUACCGGCGUCCGACGGCUCAUUGCCGACUGGCGCUGUUCAGGGUGGCACUACUUGUGAGGGUGAAGCGCUCUAUAUCGGCCGUGCCUAUCACAAGGGCAUGCUCAUCGUCGGUAAGGUUCACCCGACCCACAAAUGCAUAUACAUUCCGUUCAGCACCUUCGAGCAUGCCUACACCGACUAUGAAGUCCUGGUAUGGAAGACAAUCAACUUCUGAAAAGAUAUCAACAAGAAUCUCAAAUGUUGCUGUGUAAUGCACAUUGUGAACGUCCGUAUGCUAAAAAGCAGAGAACAGUCCGUACCGCUGCGACUAAAGCGUGCUUUAUAGACAGAUCCAGUUCUAUGAUAUGCGUCUUCAGACGUCAUAUCAUUUCUUCUUGAAGUCGUACCUUCAGUGGAACUAAAGUUGAAUUGUACUUUAAAGACUAAAGGAUAAGGGUGAAAAAUAAUAACAUUGAUGAGGCAAUAUCUGUGUCAUGGCUAUGAUUGAUUUCGAGAAGUCUUUUACAAGCGCAACUGUUUAAGCUUGGAAAAUUUCCAGUACGCCAUCACCGACGGAAGGUAGGACGGGACAUCAGUUAAUUCCUUCUUCCCCUAUCCUCGCCUGAAGGAAACCGCAAGACAAAGUUUAUUCUUUCAUGCGCCCGCGCGAAACUGAGUGGGUAUGCACCGGAUAUGUGUAAAACAGCUCUUCUUUUUUCUUUCCUGGUAUUUAUUACAAAUGAGGUUUAUGUGUAUACAUAGCGUACAAAAUAGUUAAAAGGCCAUUUUCACAAAAAGGCAAUGAGCGUUACAGGACAGCCAUGCAUCUUACAAAAUACCAAAGAUGGAAGGGGGGGGGGGGUGGAAUGGGAGAAUGCGAGAAUAAGGAGUUAUGCGAAGGUUAAGGAGGAGAGGAAGAUGGGAUAGGGCAAAACUGUUCAUAACCUUGUAUAGUAUAGUCUUGGUAUGAGUGGGAAAGGAAAGUUAGGGUGAGGAGGACUGACGAUAGGGUGCGGAAGAUAAUAAGAAGGAGGACAAGGAGAGAAGUAAUAAGGUAAACCACACCAUAAACCUAAAGUGUAGCACAGAGCAAGGGGUGGGAUAGAGAAGUACGUGCCAAGCUGCUCCUCGCAUAUCAUAGCCAAGCGUAGUAUAGUAUACCAGGGUGGUGGGAAAGGGAAGUCAGUGAGGAGAGGUAUGUGAGGGUGAGGGACAGAUGGGGAGAGGGCAAAUCAUAGUAUUGCCUUGUACAGUAUAGCAAUGGGUCAGAAAGAGAAGUGAGGGUUAGCAGGAAUUACGUGUGGGUGAGGAGGAGGAAACUAGGAGGAGAGAGAGUAAAGCAUAUCAUAGCCGAGUAGAAUGGAAUGAUGGGGUGGGAAAGAGAAGAAAGUAUUAGGAGG